AUGCCCCCCAAAACUAUCAGAAGCGCUUUAGCGGAAAUGCUGGAGGACCUGACAAAAGAGAAUUUUGACAAGUUCUGCCACCGGCUGCUGGAUCACAAAGAGGUUAAACGACGGCAGGUGGAGGGGAAAAGCUACCUAGACAUCGCAGAUCUCCUGGACUCCGCUUUUACCGAGGCCAGAUCUCAUCUAGUGGCCGUGGAGCUGUUGAAAGAAAUCAACUGUGGCAAGGAGGCUGCCGAACUUGGUAAGUGUUUUUAAGAGUUUAGAUACUUCAGGAGGGGCAGACAGAGAAGAAAGGCUAGAAUUUCGGUCUGUGAAUAAAAAAAACCCUCUUCUAUCUGUUCAGAUCGGAAAACAUAGCGACAAAGAAGACGAUUGACACAAAAAUGUGUUUUUGUACGUGAGAAAUCUGUUAUGUAGUAAGUUAUAAGUAGGUCUCUCGUCGUUCAAAGAGCCCGCUUUUCCCCGGAUUUUACUUUCGCUUUCGCUGAGUGGUGUCCAUACCUGCCAACACUUCCGUUUUCCCCGGGACUGUCCAGUAUCUCAGACCUAUCUCCCGCCCAACUCCAGUAUUGUCAUUUCUCCCGGGAAUCUCCCGUAGUUUGAUGGUCCACGUUCAUUCAUGAAUCGGAUCGUUAUAUCUGUCCUAAGUUUCCAGACAACCGAAGAUAGCCCCGUGUUUCUGCUGAGCCUCACAGACACUGGAUUAACACUUUUACUUAACAAUUUGGAAUGAUUCAGGUCGGUUUAAGCUGUAAACUAUAUUUAAGCAGUGUUUGUUGCAAAAUGAACACUUUGAUGAGAGGGAAACAAAUGUGAGAUACAGUAUUUACGUUGAUAGUCUUUCCCCGUCUCGGAGUGAUGCGUUCAGGGCAGCCUCAGAUAAAAGACUGCUGUAUUGCAUGCACAGCUGUUCAGGGAGCCUCGUACGGGAGAGCAUGUAAAACACAUGAGGACUUUAACCCUAAUAUUAGUGGACUAAAUAAGUUCGAGGCAUAGCUUAUCUAUUAUUUUUUUAUUACCACUAUUUUUAUUGUUAAACAAAGGAAGCACUUUGGAAAAAAACCCAAAAUGUAACAGAGGGAUUCCUCUGUCCUACUUGCAAUCAAUCAUUAAUUUGCAACCUUUCGGUUUUGCUACAAUUUUUUGAGCCCCUACUGAUAAGUGAAAAAAUCUUGGUGAUGACAAAAACCUUUUCAGAUUCCACAUUUUUUAGAAAUUAGGCACAGCCAUUAUGUUGUCGGUAUCUGGAUGACUUUUUCUGUUGUUGUCAUUCACUGUCAUUGUAGUCGUGUGUAGUUCAAAAUGAACUUUGGAUCAUUGUUAUAAGAUGUAUAUUUUGAUGAUAGAUGUGCUCUUUUAUACUAGAUAUGGAGAUUUGUUUAUUAAAUAUGUCUGCUUUUAACUUACGAUACAAAAUUAGCUCCUAAAAAAUAUUUUAAAAUACUGAUUUAUUUACAAUCGAUUCACUAUGUUAUGGAUUUCUCUUCAUGACAUGUGGGUAUUACUUUAAACUGAUGUCACACAAAGUGUUUUAUUGUUUAUUUGCUGUCUCUUUGGUUAAAUUACCCGAUGAUGAUUUUAUCCCUCUGUGUUUACGUGUGAGAAUGGGAUUGGUUAUGGAGAAAUGACCACUCCCUAUUUACGAUGGCUUCUCUUGAACAAAAAACUGUUUGCCUGAUGAAGGUCUAGUAACGAAACGUUGCAAAUAAAUUAUUGAUUGCAAGUUGGACAGUUUGCAGAAAUCCCUUUGCUGCAUUAUUGUUCAAACAAAAAAGUGUGCCGCUUCAUUCAUACUUAUUUGGAUGAGCAAUCUAAUUACAAAUACUCUCAUAAUUAGCCCAUAUCCACCAUACAAGGUAAUCCCAAAACUGCCCGGUGCGCGCUGCAAAAAUCUCCAGGAUUUUACAACCCAAAUGUUGGCAGGUAUGGUGGCAUUGAGGGGCAAACAAAGUUCGUCUACAACAACGAUGUACCGCAAAAUCCCUGUAUCCCUAAAACUUCCAAGGAAGAAGCUUUUCAUUCCCCAUGCCGGUGUUUUGUUUUAUUUGUUUAUUUUUUAUAGUAUAGCCUCAGACAAACCCAUUAACCAGGCCUUCUCUAAAGGAACCAGGCUCAAAAAGGCUUUGAAGGUGAUUAAAAGUUUAUGUAUGCACACAUGUGAAUGCCACACCGCCUUAAGGGACUAAAGAGUCAAGUCUGAACAUGAUAUUCUGGCUUAUUUCGCAAGCUUACAAAUCAGUACACAACUUCCUCCCUACUGCAUACUGUGGAGUACAGUGUGAAGGGUCUGCACUGAAAUGCUCCCCCUGGCACAUUUGACUCGGCCACUCACUUGAUACAGAAAUGCACAUGUUAGGUAUUUGUCUGCUCUAUUUUAGAGCAAGAUGGCGGCCUCUAUGGAAGGAGACCCACUCCUGUAGAUGUAAAAGGCUCUUUCAAAUUCUCAUUUUAACUCAAAGAAUUGAAAAAUUUGAAAACAAUUAAUGCGAGGCAAAGUUUUUUUCCAUAUCACUUUUAUUGCACAAGAAAAUGACCAUGGUUGGAGGUAAACAUACACAGAAAAAUAUGUAAAUAAGGUCAAGUGGGGUCACUAAAAAGGAAUGAGCCUCUCUGUCACAUAAUCUUUGCUUUGUGUUCAAUAAACAAACUUUUUUCAUCAGAAUCUAACACUGUCCUUUUGUUGCAGAGGGAGUAAUUGCUGGACUAUCCUCAAAACCUGGUUCUGGUGGGGGUGAGUUACUGGGUUUCUUGUUUCUGGUUUAAUGUUUGUUAAAGAAAAAUAUUUGUCUUAUGUCUCUUCAUUCCUGUUUGUUACAGCUGCAAGACCCACAGGUGGAGCAGCUGGUGAGACUAUGGCAGAGGGUAAGGACACAUUAUUGUAAAGUUCUUAUUAAAGCAUCUUUAGCCACUGAUCAGACUGUUAAAUAUCUGUAAAAUCAUUCGAGUUUAACUGAAGGGUUGUAUAUUUAGAGCAUGUCUCCAACUGGCUUGGUGUGAUUUUUCUCUUCUCACAGAGAAGCAUUUUGUGGAUAAACAUCAACUCCAGCUGAUCCAGAGGGUGGGCAGCACCUCACCAAUUCUGGAUGAGCUCCUUGAUAAAGGUGUCAUCCAACAGGAGAGUUAUGAUAAAAUCAGGGCUCUGCCUACCUCUCAGGGGAGGAUGAGAGAGCUCUACUCUGGCUGUCUGAAAGCUGGAACAGCCAGCAAAGAUGUCUUCUUCAAAAGUCUUGAGAAAAACCAGAAAUUUCUCAUUGAGGACCUCAAGAAAAACAGCUAAAUUUUGUGACAAGACCUGUAACAGUACAAACACACACCAGGCUGUUUCAUUCUGAUGGGCUGUGAUGUGAUUGAAAUAACAAAACCAUAUUACGCAAAUUUUGAUCAUCUUGCAAAAAAUGAAUUAGGAUUAUUGAUAUGAAUAUUUUAUAUGUGCAACGAAUGAAAUGCUACCCUCCUUUUUUACCCAAGUAAUGUAAAUAAUUAGAAAAAACAACUACUGAAUUUUCUUCUGUUUUAUCAUGUCAAAUAUCUUUUUUUUUUUACCCAGAUUUCUAAUUUUUUUAAAUAAAAUCUUGUAAUUCCCCUGUAUGGUUUCAACAUUUUGAACAUUUUUUGAUGGAGUCUUUUUCGAACUGAUUUUAAGCGUGGAAUAUUUUGAAGAACUUAGAUGUGUGGCUGUUUUUACUGCAAUCAUUUCAAUAUGUGCUAUUGAUUCUUCAUAUGUUGUUGUGUCUGAAUGCUCAGGAGAGUUUAAGUUCAGGCAGGAAUAAUUGUCCAUAGAAAAUUUGCCUCAAUGACUGUUUCAGUCAGCAUUCAUUUAUACUAUUGUUUUAUUUUUUUGUUUACAAUUGAUAAUGUCUGAAAACACUGGACUAUGUGAAAGACACUCAACUUUUAGCAUUUCAGUCCUACAGGACUUAGGACACUGUUUAUUCUCUUUCUUGAAGCCACCCCUCAAAUUUGAAUCUCAGUGGGCACACAGGUGUUGAAAAGUUACCUGUUUCAGACUAAUUAUUGUUUUACUUGAUAUUGAGCUUUCCAGACACUCUUGUAAAAAAUCACAAGACUGUGAGUUUAUAUCGUUACAGCGAUUGAUAAAAGUAUUAAGACACAAAACUGAACAAGCAACAGAACAGUUUUGUUUAUCAACAAUACAGAAACCCUCAGUGGACACUCUGUAUUUGGGCCCACUCCGUAUCUAAUUGUCUCUGGUUUUACCCAUCAUAACAUUGAUUUAUUCUAUGAUACUAUUCCCUGUUAAAGGUUAGACCAAAACAUACAUUGAAUUUCCCUUCGGAGAUCAAUAGUUGCCCUCACUAACAACAUAAACAAAUAAAUACAAAUCUAAUUUCCAUGUUUGUUUUUCAGAUUUUGCUAUUCUGGGGACAAAAAUUGGUAACACUCAUAUGACCUUGAAAAAACAACUGAAGUAAACUCAUAGAAGAAGAGUACAGUGCUUAAAAAAUGUGUGGGUGCAAGCCUGUAUUUAGGAUUAGCACUGAAAGGCUGCUGUUCCAUUUUUAUGCAGAGUUUAGGAUGUAUACUGUUGUAAAACAACAACUUUGAAUCAGUUUGCGUUGUGUAAAUGAAAGUAGCCUGUUCCUGAUUUAUUUCAGUGCAGUCCCAGUUUAGACAAAAGUACAACAAUUUCUGAACAUCACUUCAAAAUGCCUUGACUUUAAGGACACGUCUAUGGGAUGUAAAAUAAUUUCAUGGUUUGAAAUUAAAAACUUUAUAUAAAAAAAUAUUUCACGAAAGAAAAAAUGCAGAAAAAGGCCCACAUUAUCCUUUGACACACGCCGUGUUUCUCGAAAGUAUGCAGUAAAAUGGGUGAGGCUUUAGAAGAGGAGCGAAGAGGCAGGGUUAAUCUAAUCCAAGCAAGACUUCUGGCCAUUCAAGAGAUGGGUGUCUUCGACUGGAGGUGCUGUUGAACGAACUAAAGGUAGAAAAGUGUCUGGAUUUAAAACUAAUUCUGAUAACAGGGUGUAAAUUUAGGCGACAGAAACAGACGCAUUUAUUUAAAAUAGAGAGAGAGAGGAGUAACGUCUGAGCACGAGCCCUGGACGUUUUAACCGUCACACGAAGAGUUUCAGCAGCGUAUUUAAAAUAGACCUGAUCAUUUUGUGUCAUGAUAACCGACUUUUAGAGCGUAAAUUUUGAAACUAAUCGCCGCGAGACAGGUUUUUUUUUUAUUGUGUUCCUUUUUACGUUCACAUUUGUAGUUUCACUUUGACUGUAGUUUAAAACUGUUUAAUAGCCUACUACAGGGCUCUCAAGUUUUGAACUAAGCCUAGAGUGAGAUUUCCUUGGGGGGGGGGGGGGGUGAUUGAAGAUAUUAUUAGUAUAAUUAUCUUUUAAAUACAACGGAGUAUAAGGGACACAAUAAAAAAAAACGUUUUUGAAUCUUAGAGAAUAAAGUUAUUAUUUGGGAGAAUAAAGUCAUUAAUAUAUAAGUAUUAAGUCGUAAAGUUACCUGUUGUGAAGGAGAGUUGUUAAAAUCAGCACUGUGAAGCAUUUAGAUGAAUUGUACUUUAGUAUAGGUUUCACAAAUAUGGAGAUACUUAAUCCUUUGGUACAUGAGCAUUACACUGUCAUGAGGAUCAGAACUUAUAUUUGAGAUAUAUGAGAAAUGCUGCUUUUGUGGAGGGGAAAAUGGCUGUACAGAGGCUAAAUCCGUCAAUACAGCUGUUAAUAGCAAUAGCAUAGGGCUUUAGUUUAUCAUAUGAGUUUAUAUGCCAUGAGGUGUUGAGGUCUCUGCAUGUGUAGGUUACUGACUUACUGUAAUCAUCGGGUCUAUCUCGUCCUUAUAAAAACCUGCUCUAUCUCGGCGAGUGUCUGUCUUCUUCUGUAGUCAAACCGCAAGAUAUCAAAAUCUACCCGGAUACAGCAAUGCUGCUUUUUGAUUGGCUGUUUAGUAGAUAUACUUUAUUUGAUUGGCUUGCGCGUGGCACGCAGCUUCUGAACUCUCGGAGGAACUCAGUUGAUUCCUACCUGUUCCAUAGUUAAAGAGGUGCAACUUGGUGGACAUCACCAUGUUCAUUUAAAUGCGUGAGAAAUACAAUGUGUGGCGUGUGAGCGUGUGAACGGGUGGGAAUGCGUGUGUCACACGCUGAAUGCGUGAGUCUUGAGAGCCCUGCUACUACGAUAAACAAGUAUCUCCUCGCUAACACUAAGCUAAUGCUUGCGUGUAUAAAACAGCUAGGUAAGUGCUAGCCAUGAUUUUUAAAGUGCCUCGACUACUAAACUAAAAAAUAACGACGUGUAAUGCCAAAUCAGCGUGUGCGUGUGUGUGUGUGUGUGUGUGUGUGUGUGUGUGUGUGUGUGUGUGUGUGUGUGUGUGUGUGUGUGUGUGUGUGUGUGUGUGAGUGAGAGAGAGAGAGAGAGAGAGAGAGAGAGCGAAGAGAGAUGAGGAAGUGUAUGAGAGCGGGAAGUGAGUGUCCUGUUAGUCAAAAUUGUCGUUCAAGAGAAUGUAUCGUUAGCCAAUCUAAGUUUGGCACCAGAGACAGCCAGUGUGUAAUGUUUGUAGUCCGUACAGCUAACAUCAAAAACAAAAUUUAGCUCGAAAAUAGCACAAGUUUAACAUCUCUGAUAAUAAAAGUGUCAUGGCAUUUUGAGGUACGUGAGAGUAAAUGUCAGACGAAGGAGGAAGUCUGUUACAGUGAGCCACACAGGAUAUACAAGCAGAUAUUGUUUUUGUAGACUGAAUAUUUUUUAAUGACAGAUUGUUUCCAACCUCAACCUCACCCUAAAAUGAAAUGAUAAUAGCUUACAGGACUAAACUUUCAUAUUCAUAAAACCUUUUGGACUAUAAGAAGUUAAGAGCUGACUGAGAUCUUCUGUUAGAUCUGAAGUAGGGCACAAGUUUUCAAAUAGAUCUGAUGUACUCUGUUGUCUUUUAAACAUCUGUUGUUCAUAUUCUGUAAAAAUUGGUUCAUAGUAAUAUAGAGUUUAUGUUUACAUCUUGUGAAACUCCUGAGUGAUCCAAGAAUCCCAGUAAGAAAGUUGUCAAAGUUUUUCCUUGCGAGAAUAUUUAUGAGCUGAUUAUUUUGUUUGAAAUGAUAAAUAAUAGUUGGUUUGGAAUUACCCAAUCAGUCAGUGUCUCUGGCAUUAAAAGGUAAAGAAAUCAGUAUUCAUUCUUGUCAGUACUUUCCAUAAACAGUUCACAUGCUAUCCUGCAUAAUAUAUAUUUUUUAUUUUCUAGGUUGAAAUAAUGUUGGCUAAGACAGUGUUAGCUGAAAUAUUGAAAGAUUUGAGCUCCAAGGAGCUGGAAGAAUUCAACUUCCAUGUUGAAUUGGAGGAAUCCAAGAUGACACCCUCGGCACAAAGUUGUGCAGGAGUGACAAACCCUGGGAUAGUAGUGGAGCUGAUGGAGGAAAGGUAUGGUGAGGAGUGGGAGGAGGUGGCCAAAAAUGUUUUCAAGAAGAUGAACAGGACUGAUCUGGUGCAGAGAUUCCCAGACAGCAAUUCAGGAACCAAAGGUACGGAAGACAAAAAUAUGAGAAAACAUACAAAACUGUCACAAUACAAUCAUUAAACUGGAGUUCUUCAUUUGGUGAUGUUAAAAAACAAACAUCAGCUUGGAGACCAUGCUUUAGCCCGAUGUUUGAUGUUGGGGCCUUUGCAAGAAAAAAAUAAUUGAGAUGAGAACCAUGCAAACUUUUGGAAAAGUCCAAUUUGAUAAACAUGAUACACAUUUCUAAGAAGCCUUAGAGUUACUUUGUUGACAAAAGUUUAAUGUUAGUUAUUUUAAUUGUUUAUUCUUCCUUUUUUAUUUUCAGAGAAACACUCUGUGGUUAAAAAGCAGCAUUCACUUACCCAGAGAGUGAGUAUGGCUAUUUAUACUGCUAUAUGCAAUGGUAUUGGUGAACUUUUACAAUUUUAUUCUCUUCCAGAAUUUUACUGAUGAAGCAAAUUGUAUACACCUGAGGUCUGGGCAUUUAUUUACUGAUCAUGUUAAGAAGUUGUGUCUUGCCUGCUUUUGUUAAUAUGUAUUGAGCUUUGUUUUUUUAUAUUGAUGGAGAUAGAAAGUGCCACUAUUUUUUAUAAACUAGAGCUUUUCCUCUUGAAAAUAAAAUAUAACCAAAUAAAUGUUUUUUUCUCUUACUAUUUUAAGUGCACCUGGUUAAACAGAUAUUUUAUUGGGAAAUCCAGAGGGUUACAGCAAGUUUUAGUACACAAUCUGUAAGUACUUUUCAAUCGAAGCAUCCAGAACUUUUAGGUCCUUGGUUCCUGUAGCCUAUUGUUGUCUGCGUUUCCACCAGGGUACUGUAGUCUUGGUUAAUGUAAAUCAUUCCAAUUUGGAAAUGAAUAUGGUUGCAUGGCUCCUCAUUAGAGUCUGAUUUUAUUAUUAUAUAUUUUUUAUUUAUUUCUAAAUCUUUUUCACAUAUUUUGUCACAAAUCAUGUUGGCAGCAGGUAAGCUGUACUGAUUUUCAAAUAACCAAAAGUUGAUGGAAAUAUUUGCUCUUAGCAUUUUAUAUAUGUCAAUUAAUGAAGUGGUAUUUUGAUGGAAAUAAAAUCAUCAGGCCUUGCCUCUUUAAGUCACCAUUAAAAAGUACCACCCCCUGAGAGGGGGGUCUUUUAAGGUGUAAAUCUUCUACUCUGGAACUUAAUAUAGGCCCUAGUUCCUGGGGUUGAAACACCCCUUAUAAAAGAUUUAUACAAAGAAGGUUGAAUAAAACAUAAACUUUAUUAAAAACUGUUAACUAUAUUCUUCUAAAGAAAUCUGAACAGAAACUUAGGCUGUUGUUGAACCAAAGCAGCUGAAUAUGAGCAUUAUAGACAGUAUUACUGUUACGGGUGAGAUGACUGGUGGGCUCCCACUUCUGUAUAUUUAAUGCAUAGACAUUAGUGAGAUGUAAACAGAGGUAUCAUUUGUCAUUCCUGUUGUGAAAUUGCACUUUUGCUCAUCAAUCAUGUCUCUUUAAUUCACCAGGUUGAAAGGAUAACAUCUGACAUACAGCUGCUCAUGGACAUACUGUCUAAUUUGACAAAAGAGGAGGUGAAGCACUUCACGGAGGUCCUGCUUCGAACAGACUUUAAGAGACUGGACUUAUACGGCUAUUGGUUUGAGCUUCUGCAAACAGAGUAUCAGGAAAUAGUAUUUCUGAUAGUCAUGGCCCUUGGCCAACACAGUGUGGAGACAACCAGAGAGGUUUUAAAAAAUAUGAAGAGGACUGAUCUGCUGCAGAGGUUGACAGACGCCAGUUCAAGAUCCAAAAGUAAGACCAUUAUUCCGUAAGUGUUAAUGUUCUGCCUCUGUGGCGUUACUUUACGAGUGACAAGACUCAAAUUCACAGAAUAAGAGACACAUAAUCUGAUGAGGGUUAUUUUUUGUAUUAGUGGUCAGAGAUUGAUAAAAAUACAGUUUAUAAAUUAUUGUUGAGGAGGUUUGAAUAUCUUUCUGUCAUGUUUCUCAACUCCUACCAGUGUGUUUUGUCAAGUUUAGGAUCAGUCUCUCUUGAGUAACUUUGAACUCCUUUCUCCUCAGAGGGACACCCAGAUGAACCACGCCCUGCUCUGAUCCAGAAAGUGAGUAGUGUCACUUUUGCUCAAUGUUGUACCACACAGAUUUGACCACAUUACUAACAAAAACUCAGGCUUUAUUCAGGUUUGGUUCAUCAAUAAUUCUUAAGUUUAACAGAAUCAAAAUAUGUUUGUAUGACAAUGUGGAUGAGAUGAAGCAUCAUCACGUUUGUUUUUUCUGACUUUUUAGGUUACAAGUUAAAGAAAAUCUGAAAAUGCUUCAUCACUCGACAUCCCCCCUAAACAAUCUUUGUAAACCUAAGAAAGGUCACAUGUAUGUACUGAUUAUUUCAGGUGGCGAUGAUGGCAGCUGUGAGGCAGAUGCUUUUAGACACCCUGCAUUGUUUGAGUGAGAAAGAGUUCCAAAAUUUCACAAAGCUCCUGGAGCAGAGAAUCUUCCAGAUGAACCUCAGACCCACUGCACAUGUGAAGAGGUUGUCAGGAGACAGAGCAGAAAAAGUGGAUCUGAUGUUGAAAAUAUACGGGCAACAAUCUGUGAAGUUAACUAGAGAGAUUUUAGAGGAGAUGAAGAGGACUGAUCUGACUCAGAUAUUGUCAGAGACCAGCUCAGAAUCCAAAGGUAAGACUUCUUUUAUAAAAAUGUUGAGCACCAUUACAAAUCAGAAUAACAGAAUAAAUCUGCUCAAAUACAGCUUUGUGAUCACCUACAUCAAAAACAAUGUAAACCUGUUACGUUCUGUAACCUUGUCAUUCUGAAAGUGUUCAGGGAGUAUUGUUAUGCAUUUUGUACAUCACCUUUUCGGACAAUGGAAGAGUAUUUAGUGGAAAUUAAGGUCUUUGUUAAAGACAAUUAUAUUCCUCUUAAUCCUUUUUGAUAUCAUUUCUUUUCAGAGAAACAGUCCGUGGAUGAACAUCAACAUGAAAUACAGAUGAAAGUGAGUAGACGCGGACUGAAGACCAUCAGAACAAAUGAUAAAAGUUUUUAAAGUUGAGCUUUGCAGCACUUCUGAGUCUGCAGAAAUAAUGCAAAGUGUCAAAUACAGCAUAAGAUUUUCUUUAAGCUACUGUUGUUGAAGCAUCAUGUUAUAGGGAUCUCUGAACAGGAACAGUCAUUAUUCACUCAUCUGGGACAUAAACCCAGAUCGAUUCAUUUCAUAACAACAUCAGUGAAAUAGUCAGAGUCACUUAUGUCUUUGUUGCUCUAUCUUUGAGAGUGAGCAAAUUUAAUCAUACAACUUUACCAUCUGUCAACACGCUGAUAUCAGCCAUUACUGAUAUUAGAUGGUGCAUCUGCAUGUACAGUUCAUGAUAGAUACAAUCAUGGAGGAAUAAUUUUACUCUUAAUAUAAAUCAUUGAAAUAUUCUGAUAACACCCAAACCAUGCACCUCUGACUGAACUAGUGGUUCUUGUCAAGAAAUUCAACAUUUGCUUGUUGCAUUCUCUGCUUCUUUAGGCACUAAGAGAAGAUGUCAAAUGGACUCUCUUCAAAACAAUGUUGGGUUUGAGUGAUAUGGAGCUUGAGAAGUUCAGGUUCUUUCUGAAGUUCACAUACUUCCAGAGGAGCUGUCCGCUUAUCUAUCGAUGGAGGGACAAAAAUGAACAAUCCCUGUACCAUCUGGUGGAUCUGAUGGGGGAUUACCAGCAGCCUGUGGAGGUGACCAUGGAGGUUUUGAUGGACAUGAACAGAGCUGAUCUGGUUGAUGAGCUGUCAGGGACCAUCUCCAGACUCAAAGGUCAGAAGAAAAACACAAACACUUCCACUGUUGGAUUAUCUGAAGGGCUGAGAUCAAACUGAGCAUGAGGUGAGGUGAGAAAUGAGCUUGCAGGAGACAGCAGGAUCCAGUUUUAAGUGUUUAUUUGACGGGUUGGUAUGGUAUGCUGCAAAGUGGUGUUUCUGGAGUAUAAACCAAGAAAUAAUAAAUAUUAGCAUUCAUGGCAAAUAAACAUUCUUCAUAAAGUUUAACAUAUUUCAUUAUUUAAUUUAAGGAUAAAUUAAUCCGAAGUCAACAAAAAUGCAAAAAAGGUUCUCAAAUUGAACAAAACUCACAUUCUGACGCACUUCAGCAGCAAACAUGUCAUCAUUGUCCAUAGUCUGUUAGUGAAGCAGAUCUUAGUGCUCUGCUCCCUUUAAUUGAGCAGCAAUCAUCACACCUGCGCUGACUCUCCAGCCAGCACAGGUGUGGCUGCUGCACCACUCAGGAGGGGCAGAGAGGCAGGGUUUCCAACAGCCACAUUACACAACUAUAUAUAUAUAUACGUGUGUCACAUAGAUUUCAAAUGUAUAAAUUUCAUAGUUUUAAAAACAGCACUUUUAGUUCACAGUUUUAACAUGAGAUUUGAAAAAAAUCUUGUCUUCUCGAAGUGUUGGGAUGUUAUUUUCUGAUUUUUUUAGUAAAUUCACAGCAGAGUUUUUAAUAUAUAUAAUAUAUUUCAUAUAUUCUAUUUAUUUUUCAAGAUAACAAAAUAUUCUCUCAGACAAAAUAUUGUCUGAGACAGUAAGUAAUGUUCCAUCUUACACACUUAACACAGGUCAAAAAUGAACAUAUCUUUGAUUCACAGUAUUUUUAUGAAUCACACGCAUAAUUAUCAUCAGACUUUCUCAUCAAGUUUAGACUGGAUUCCAAAUGUAUAAGGGGAAUGUUAUCACGGGGAAGUUAAAAUAAAAUGGUCGCUCUGUCAGUAGUAUAUGAAGACUAUUGUUGGCAAAAUAUUAUUGAGAUGGGAAAGGGCAAAAUUUGAAAGAGAAAACUGUAAACAUCAACAAUCUAACUGCAUAUAAUGAAAACAACCAUAGUGUUUUCUUCAGUUGCAUGGAUUAGAUUUAAACAAAAAAACAAUGAUUCAUAAAAAAAUAUGUAUCACAAGAUGGUUAUGUUUUUCUGACAAUAAACAGAGAUAUUUUAUGUUUAUUGUUUUUGACCAGGUUUGCUUGGUCCACCACAGAGAGUAAGAGUCGGGGAAAUAAGAGACCAAAAAUUUAUUUUUCUCUUCACUUUUUAUUUCAUCUUUCUUUAUGUAUCCGAGGGCAGAAAAAUGUUCUCAGCUGCUUUCAAAGGAACAUAAAGCAGCUUAAUACACUUAUGAAAAAGAAAAAUCCUCACAGCUGAAGAAAAGAGUAGAACACGUGAUCAAAGAAUCAGCAACAGUAAAAAUACAUUGACAGAUCACCUGUUUACAAAAACAUCAGGUGUAAAAAUAUAUAUUUUUUUACAGAAUGUAGCUGUUAUGGAACCUGUUGCUAAUAUGAAUGUAAAAGAGACACAAAAAUAUUCAGAACCAGAUCCAUGUGUGCACUGGGAAAGCACUAGAUGUUGGCUAUAUGUUUGAUGUUAAAGUCUUUGCAAGAAACAAAUAACUAAGAACCAUAUAAACUUUUGGAAAAUUGCAAUUUUAAUAUGAUACGCAUUGCUAAGAAGACUUUAAGUUACUUUGUUGACAAAAGUUUGAUGUAAGUUAUCUAAUUGUUUAUUCUUCCUUUUGUCUUUUUAGAGGAACAAUCAGUGGUUGAAAAGCAGCCUUCACUGACCCAGAGAGUGAGUAUGGCUAUUUAUACUGCUAUAUGCACUGUUAUUGGUGAACUUUUAUCUAGGGCAAAAACUUUUAUUUUCUUCCAGCAUUUUACUGAGUGAGAAAAUAUUAUGGUCUGGGCAUUUAUUUACUGAUCAUAUUAAGAAGUUGUCAUUUUCAUAAACUAGAGCUCUUGAAAAAAAGAGUAUAACCAAAGAAACGUUCUUUUCCUGCUUUUUUAUGUACAACUGGUUAAACAGAUAUUUUAUUGGAAAAUUCAGAGGUUUGCAGCAAGUUUUAGUAUCUGAAGGUACUUUUCAACCGAAGCAUCCAGAACUUUUAGGCCCAGGGUUCCUGUGGCCCAUUGCUGUCUGCGUUUCCACCAGGGGGCUGUAGUCUUAGGUAAUGUAAAUCAGGCCUAUUCGGAAUGGAUUUUUAAAUAACCAAAGGUUGAUGGAAAUAUUUGCUCUUAUGCUGUGACCCUUUUGAACCUCUAUCUGUCUGUACCUCUCUCUGAUCAAUUGGUGUCUAAGUGUAAACUGAAUAUCAGCUCAUGUUGUCAAGAAGAUAUUUUCCUGAUAAGACUAAACCAUAAAACUGUCCAGCACCCAAAAGCAUAUUCAUAUACAUAUGAUCAUAUAACAUUAUUUUAUGUAGGAUUUAAUCCAACAUUUCCUCUUCUCUGUUUAUGUCUGUGCAGCCAGCAUUUCGCAUAUGUCAAUUAAUGAAGUGGUAUUUUGAUGAAAAUAAAUUAGUCAGUCCUUGCCUCUUUAAGUCCCCAGGCCAUCAAAAAGUACCACCCCCUGAGGGGGGUCUUUUAAGGUGUAAAUCUUCUACUCUCGAACUUAAUGUAGGCCCUAGUUCCUGGGGUUGAAACACCUCAUUUAAAAGAUUUAUCCAAAGAAGGUUGAAUAAAACAUAAACUUUUUUAAAAACUGUUGUGAACUAGAUUCUACUAAAGGGAUCUGAACAGAAACUUAGGCUGUUGUUGAACCAAAGCAGCUGAAUAUAAGCAUUAUAGACAGUAUUACUGUUACGAGUGAGAUGACUGGUGGGCUCCCACUUCUGUAUAUUUAAUGCAUAGACAUUUGUGAGAUGUAAACAGAGGUAUCAUUUGUCAUUCCUGUUGUGAAAUUGCACUUUUGCUCAUCAAUCAUGUCUCUUUAAUUCACAAGGUUGAAAGGAUGACAUCUUAUAUACAUCUGCUCAUGGACAUACUGUCUAAUUUGACAAAAGAGGAGGUGAAGCACUUCACGAAGAUCCUCCUUCGUGCAGACUUUAAGAGACUGAACUCAUACAGCUAUCAGUUUCAGCUUCUGCGAACAGAGUAUCAGGAAAUAGUAUUUCUGAUAGUCACGGCCCUUGGCCAACACAGUGUGGAGACAACCAGAGAGGUUUUAAAAAAUAUGAAGAGGACUGAUCUGCUGCAGAGGUUGACAGACGCCAGUUCAAGAUCCAAAAGUAAGACCAUUAUUCCGUAAGUGUCAAUGUUCUGCCUCUGUGGCUUUACUUUACGAGUGACAAGACUCAAAUUCACAGAAUCAGAGACACAUAAUCUGAUGAGGGUUAUUUUUUGUAUUAGUGGUCAGAGAUUGAUAAAAAUACAGUUUGAAAGUUAUUGUUGAGGAGGUUUGAAUAUCUUUCUGUCACGUUUCUUAACUCCUACCAGUGUGUUUUGUCAAGUUUAGGAUCAAUCUCUGUUGAGUAACUUUGAACUCCUUUCUCCUCAGAGGGACACCCAGAUGAACCCCGCCCUGCUCUGAUCCAGAAAGUGAGUAAUGUCACUUUUGCUCAAAGUUGUACCACACAGAUUUGACCACAUUACUAACUAAAGCUCAGGCUUUAUUCAGGUUUGGUUCAUCAAUAAUUUCAAGUUUUAACAGAAUCAAAAUAUGUUUGUACGACAAUGUGGAUGAGAUGAAGCAUCAACAUGUUUGUUUUUUUUUAUGACUUUUUAGGUUAUAAGGUAAAAAAAAAUCUGAAAAUGCUUCAUCACUCGACAUCCCCCCUAAACAAUCUUUGUAAACCUAAGAAAGGUCACAUGUACUGAUUAUUUCAGGUGGCGAUGAUGGUAGCUGUGAGGCAGAUGCUUUUAGACACCCUGCAUUGUUUGAGUGAGGAAGAGCUCCAAAAUUUCACAGAGCUCCUGCAGCAGAGAAUCUUCCAGAUGAACCUCAGACCCACUGCACAUGUGAAGAGGUUGUCAGGAGACAGAGAAGAAAAAGUGGAUCUGAUGUUGAAAAUAUACGGGCAACAAUCUGUGAAGUUAACUAGAGAGAUUUUAGAGGAGAUGAAGAGGACUGAUCUGACUCAGAUGUUGUCAGAGACCAGCUCAGAAUCCAAAGGUAAGACUUCUUUUAUAAAAAUGUUGAGCACCAUUACAAAUCAGAAUAACAGAAUAAAUCUGCUCAAAUACAGCUUUGUGAUCACCAACAUCAAAAACAAUGUAAACCUAUUACGUUCUGUAACCUUGUCAUUCUGAAGGUGUUCAUGGAGUAUUGUUAUACAUUUUGUACAUCACCUUUUUGGACUAUGGAAGAAUUGGAGUAUUAAGUGGAAAUUAAAGUCAUUGUUAAAGACGAUUAUAUUCCUCUAAAUCCUUUUUGAUAUCAUUUCUUUUCAGAGAAACAGUCUGUGGAUAAACAUCAACAUAAAAUACCGAUGAAAGUGAGUAGACGCGGACUGAAGACCAUCAGAACAAAUGAUAAAAGUUUUUAAAGUUGAGCUUUGCAGCACUUCUGAGUCUGCAGAAAUAAUGCAAAGUGUCAAGUACAGCAUAAGAUUUUCUUUAAGCUACUGUUGUUGAAGCAUCAUGUUAUAGGGAUCUCUGAACAGGAACAGUCAUUAUUCACUCAUCUGGGCCAUAAACCCAGAUCGAUUCAUUUCAUAACAACAUCAGUGAAAUAGUCAGAGUCACUUAUGUCUUUGUUGCUCUAUCUUUGAGAGUGAGCAAAUUUAAUCAUACAACUUAACCAUCUGUCAACAGGCUGAUAUCAGCCAUUACUGAUAUUAGAUGGUGCAUCUGCAUGUACAGUACAUGAUAGAUACAAUCAUGGAGGCAUAGUUUUACUCUUAAUAUAAAUCAUUGAAAUAUUCUGAUAACACCCAAACCAUGCACCUCUGACUGAACUAGUGGUUCUAGUCAAGAAAUUCAACAUUUGCUUGUUGCAUUCUCUACUUCUUUAGGCACUAAGAGAAGAUGUCAAAUGGAUUCUCUACAAAACACUGUGGGGUUUGAGUAAUUUGGAGCUUGAGAAGUUCAGGUUCUUUCUGAGGUUCAUAUACUUCCAGAGUAGCUGUCCACUUAUCUAUCGAUGGAUCAACAUAAAGAAUGCACAGUACCUGUAUGAUCUGGUGAAUGUGAUGGGGGAUAACCAGCAAACUGUGGAGGUGACCAUGGAGGUUUUGAUGGACAUGAACAGAGCUGAUCUGGUUGAUGAGCUGUCAGGGACCAUCUCCAGACUCAAAGGUCAGAAGAAAAACACAAACACUGCCACAUUACACAACUAUAUAUACAUGUGUCACAUAGAUUUCAAAUUCAUAAAUCUCAUAGUUUGAAAACAUUUUUUUUGGUUCACACUUUUAAUAUGAGAUUUAAAACAAAACCUUGUCUCCUCAUAGUGUGGGGUUGGGUUUUUUUUCCUGAUUAUUUUUUGGCAGAGUUCUUAGCAUAUGUGCACAAAUUACCUUUUUUUAUUUUUCAAGAUAAAAUAUUCUGGUAUCAUGAUAACAUCACAAAUUUGUCAGGAUUUAUGAUCAAUUAUGUAUUUUUCGUCAGAGGGAAGUCGAUCCGCCCAGCUCCAGCAAGUGAGUAAUGUUAAAUCAGACGCACUUUACAGAACACAUUUUUUGUGAUUUUAUUUUGAGCUGAACAAAGUUAUCCCAGUAUAGCAAUUAAAAAACAUGAUAACUUACAUAGAAAAGUGUAAUUUUCUUAUAUCAAUCUUCAAUUCUCACUUCAGAAUGGUUUCAUUAGGACUGAUGUUAUUGAUACAUAUUAUUACAAGACUGUCAUAACUUUUCUGUUUACACUGCUGUCAUUAAAUCGAGAACAUGUUUAAACUGUGAAGAUGAAGCACGUAAAUCAGUCACUGAGUAAGUAUGUCAUUUCAGGUCACUGCCUCAGAAUCACUUCACAGGAAACUUUUAAAAACACUGACACAAAAGUUACGUUUUGGAGAAUUCGCUGAGUUUAAGAAGCUUGUGCUGCACACUGCCACGGAAAAAGGCCUGAAAAGAGAAACACUACAACGUAUUGAGAAAGCGGACACAGUUGAUAUGGUACAUGUGAUGGUGGAAAUCUACGGCCAACAGUGUGUGGAGGAGACUCUGGGAAUCCUACGAAGGAUAAAGAGGACUGAUCCAGUGGGGAAGUUGCCAGGAACCGGCUCAGGACUCAAAACUCAAAGCAUGGGUGGAAAAAGUCACAAAUUAGGUAACUAACUGUAUUUAACCAAUUAUUUUUACUGCAAACAUUUAUUCUAUGAAGAAAGAAAAACAUUUCUAAUGUUGGUAAAGCUACAUUUUUAUUAACAUGAGGAAAUUCAAAAGUUACUUGGCAGCAGUAAAUUCUUCUUCUGUAUUUUUUACAAAAGCAGCUGAACGUUAUUUAAAGGGGACCUGCCAUAAAAAUGUAAUUUUUGUUUUUUCUUGUGUCAGAUAAGGUCCAUAUUAUGUUCGUCUUAUGUUUUAAAUGUGAAAACAAACCGUUACGUCGUUUGCAUUCUGUAAAGGUUUAAAAUAAAGGAACGAGUAAACCAGGCCAAUUGAAAAAGCAGGUCGGUGUUACGUUGCGCCGACCUUGCUCAUUAUUAUUCACGAGCGCGUCCUCGGUGAGCCGUGCCCACUCUCUCGUUCUCGUACUCAGUCACAGCCAGAGCGAGACCCAGCUACCACUGUAUCCGCUAUGGGUCUCUUCCAAACGACCGGUGUUUCCUUCGGUUCACUGCCGGGAAAAUGAACUUAAAGCUGGGCAGAAUGAAUGAGAAAACAUCCAAGCCAAUACUAUGUAUUUGUAUUUACUACGAGAUGAUCAAUGUAGUAGAAUUCCAACACAUUGACAACUGUGUUUGAAUUACUGUAUGUCUUUUUAAUGACUAAAACAUACAGUUUCUUGUUCUCUGAUUUUCCAGGGCCUUCCAGUCACUUUUUUUCCUUCCCCUUAGGGUCCGAAAAGUCUGAGACAGUAAGUAAUGUUCCAUCUUACACACUCAACACAGGUUGAAAAUUAAUAUAUCUGUGAUUCACAGUAUUUUUAUAAAUCACAUGUAUAGUCAUCAUUAGACUUUCUCAUUAAGUUUAGACGGGAUUCAAAAUGUAUAAGAGGAAUGUUAUCACGAGGAAGUUGAAAUAUAAGAGUUGCUCUAGACCAUUGUCGGCAAAAUAUUAUUGAGGUGGAAAAGGGCAAAAUUUGAAAGAGAAAACUUCGACAUAACUGCAUACUCAGAUGAAAACAACCAUAGUGUUUUCUGCAGUUGCAUGGAUAAAAUUAAAAGAAAAAACAAUGAUUUGCAAAAAAAAAAAUGCAUCUCAAGACAGUGUUUGUUUUUGUGACAAUAAACAGAAAUAUUUUUUAUUAUAUUUAGCCAGGCAAGCACUGUCCACCACUGAGAGUAAGAGCAAGGGAAAUAAGACCAAAAAUUAGUUUUUGUCCUAACUUUUUGUUUCAUUUUUCUUUAAGUGUCUGAGGACAGAAAAAUGUUCUCAGCUGCUUUCAAAGGAACAUAAUGCAGCUUAAUACACUUAUGAAAAAGAAAAAUCCCGACAGCUGAAGAAAAGAGUAGAACACGUGAUCAGAGAAUCAGCGACAGUCAAAGCACAUUGACAGAUCACCUGUUUACAAAAAAGAUCAGGUGUAAAAAUAUAUUUUCUUACAGAAUGUAGCUGUUAUGGGACAUAUUGCUAACAUAAAUGUAAAAGAGACGAAAAAUGUUCAGAACCACAUCCAUGUGUGCACCGGGACAGCACUGGGUUAUUUAGAGCAUUAAAUCAAUGCAAAAAGUCAAAUUAAUAUUUCAGUGUAAAUGUUGAAUAAAAUAUCUAAGAUAACUUUGAAUUUAUCAGGACUUCACCAUGACAGCCGAUCACCAGCAGCUUUUGGAAACUCUCGGUGAAUUAAGUGUCGGGGAGCUGGAAAAAUUCAAGCAUGUACUGCAGUACACAAAAAUGAAAGGUCUCCCAAAAAUCCCAAGAGACAGACUAGAGACGACAGACAAAUUAGAGACAGUGAAGCUGAUGGUGGAGAUCUACGGCGAGCAGUCUGUGGAGGUGACUAGAGAUGUUUUGAAGAGGAUAUACAGGAUGGAACUGGUGCAGAAGCUGUCACAGGGCAGUCCAGAAUCACAAGGUGAGUUGUGAACAAAGCAUUAUUAAACACUUGGUAUGCAGGUUGUGUCAUUUUCAACUUUAACAAAAACAAUGUCUUUACUAGAGCCCUCAAGAAGUUUGGGGCCUGAGGCUUGUGGAUACAACCUGGUAAUUCCCUAUGUCAUUCAUUUGUUCAGUGUCAUUGUAAUUUAUUCAUUUAUUUGUCCUUCUUUUAAAUUGAUGUGAAUUUAAAAGUCUCCCAAAUUACGAUUGUCUCUGUCAGCCACCCUGGACCAAACUUGAACCUGGAGUUAACAGUAUUGGUGGAGAUGAGUCUCCAACUUACAGGUAAUACUUCCAUCACCGCCUUACAGCAAGUAGGAAAUUCAAUAUACUGUAUUGUACUUUACUGUAUUUUGAUAUAGAUUCAAGGUAGACACUCUUAGUUAGUACAUUAUUUGAUUGUGCCUUUAUUACACCCAGUGUAAUACAGUUGUAGUGCAUUUACACAAACUCACCAGCUUCUUUUUCUGUGUCUAAGCCUGGAGUGCGACACUGGAAACUACUUUGAAUGUAGUGUCUCUGGCUUGCGCUGGGUUUGUAAAGAGAAGGUCAGCUUUCAGUACCAGUUUUGCUCCUGGGAAGGACACAUGGAGAGGAUGGAAAACAUCAAUUACAUGCCUGCAGGUCCCUUAAUGAACAUCAGAGUAAUUACUGGAAAGUUUCAUGAACUGUACCUGCCACACUGGAUCUGCACAGGUAAAUGGAAACAUGGAAAAUAACAUUGAAUGCAUUAAUGUACUAAUAAAUGUAUUUCAGAGAACUCCUGAAAUUCCUCCUCCUCACUGGGGUGUUUGCUUGUAUCCUGUGCAGAUGACAACCCUGACAUGUUAAAAGAGUUUGCUGUCCUUCACAUAGACGACUGUGGUGAUGUUGUGGAAAGUGUGGCUGAGGUCACUCCAUCCCAUGUCAAGUUACUUGAACCAGUUUUCUCUCCAAGAGCAGCCCUGAUGAAAGUCGGCUUUCCAGUCAAAAUAAGUUGUAGUGUGUUAAUAUACUACAAACCUAACACACCAUUCCUCAAACUACAUGUGUACGUGAUCCCAUGUGAUCCUGCUCUACAACGGGUUAGUAAAUGUCCUCCUACCAGGAAUGUAUAACACUAGAUUUAAAUGGCACUGAAGCCUACAGCAGCAAAUUAGGGUCAGUGAUAAAAACAAUACAAACCUAGACUUUGAGACGAGCAUAAUAGGGAGAAAGAGCUGCUUAUAUAGGAAUGAUAUUAUGCUUCAGUUUGAAGCAUCUUAUUGUGAAGUCUUCUUUUGAGAUCGUGACUCAGAAAUGUACUUGACUCAGCAUUUCAAGUUAUGACAUUUUUCAAUUCAUAGCAAGGCUUCCUUUUUACAAUACUUGCCUCUUUAUAUCUAUGUUUUUCACAGACUGUGGACCAAAAAGAAGAAGGAUUCCAGAAAAUCAAGAAGCCGCGUCCAGACGGGUACCUGAAAAUGCAGCAGGGUUUCAGCCUCACAGCAGAUAUCGAAUCAGCAAAGAUUUACCCAGAGGUAGAAUUUUUAACAGAGAUAUUAGUGAAUAUAUGCAAGACAUUUUCAUACUACAGGUCCUUUGCAAUUUUUAGGAGGUGUACAAACAGUGCCUUGCCAAUAUGACUUGUAAGUCAGUGUUGUAUUUGCAGGAAUAUCUUUCUUGAAAUUGUAAAGUGUAAAGACUGUGACAACACGUUUGCUGUGCGUCACACUGUCUAUGUGCAGCCUCUAUUAACAAUACAACAUGACUGUGAACCACCAUCAUUUGAAUCACAGCAGAUUUUGAUUUGGUUAUGUCCCACAAAACUCGACAAAUCACUUUCAAGUAUCCCUUCUUGUUGUUUGUGGUGCACAAAAUUUCGAUUCACUUUCUAACUUCUCAUGUUUUUACACAGAAAAUAACCCUCAGGUACGAUAACCAAGAUCCAAAUUUCUACGAAGUGUUCAUCGAGAAACCAGACGGAAACUUCACACUUGAACUCUCACAAAUGAGUAAGGGUAGAGCUCUGUCUCAAAAAGUAUGGAGCUGUGAAAUUCGGAAAGGUCAGUAGGAUUUUAGACAUUUUAGAGUAUGAUAUAGCCCAAACUCUGUUGUGCUGCAAGUCUUUUGAAAACUUUAAAACCAUGUUGUAAUGCUUUCAUUGUAAUUAAAUCAUAGAGAGUCCAGUGAAAUUUGUAAAUCACACUGACCGUAGAUACGAAGCCAUUAAGGUGUAAACUAAGUCCUGUGAAUUUAUUACCUGACUGAUCAACAUUUUACAUGCUUUGAUUUGUGUCUCACUUUUUCUUUCAGUUGACUAUCAAUGCCUUGCGCCUGAAGGUAAGAUGCUGCAUAAAAUGAGGUGCUAUAAGGAUGGUACUUUCAAAUUUAGACCUCACAUCUCCAAACAUCUUCUUCCAAAUUUAAUAAUGUUCGUUGCGAAGAAAGAAAAACAUUCCUGCCCUUUUUAUUUUUAAAAUAAUAAUAAAAUUUAGGACAUUAAAAACCAAGAUAAUUUGUUGUUAGUAUGUUUCUAACAUGGGGGUGAAACUCCUAUGAUUAUUUCUUACUACUGAAUUUCUUACGCGUCACACAUGUGUGGGAAAUAAAUUGUUUAAAAACCCCAACAACUGUCUUUGAUUCUUAAUAACAACCAGAUUAAACAUGCCACAGAAAAACAGUCCACAGAAAGGGGUCCAGUAUCUCAGUCAAAUUUAUUAUUUCACCUCUUUCUGUUUACAACGUGGAAAAACUGUUGGUUGGCAUGGAGGGUUGGUUUAUGAUAUUGAUCUGAAUUUAUUAGCGAGCACAAAACUUUAAAUUGGGAGUUAAUGGCUGACCAGGCAGUCACCAGUACAGAAAAAAAAAAAGAGGAAAACAGCUCAUAAACGAGCGAGAGAAGGUAAAACGCAGUACGGCUGCAGACAGUGGUCUUCUCUCUGUACUUGUUUUGUUUGAUCUUACGCUGUUUUCAAUAUGAUUGACCAUCAGAUCCUGUUACAGAGACUUGAUCAACAAAUUGGUAUGACAGGAACCACUUGUGCAAACUCCUCUGUGCAUACCAAGGUCAGUUAUGGUGUUCCACAGGGUUCAGUGCUAAGACCAAUCCUUUUCACCUUAUAUAUGCUUCAUCUUGGUAAUAUUAUCAAGAAACAUCCCAUACAUUUUUACUGCUAUGUAGAUGACACUAAAUUAUUCCUGUCACUGAAGCAGGUGAAACCAAUAGAUUCAUUUAACUUGAAGCAUGUCUUAAAGGCCUGGAUGACCGGAAACUUUUUCUCUACUCAGUUCUUACAAAACUGAAGUUAUUGUUCUUGGCCCCAAAACACCUCAGAGACAUUUUCUGAUGAUAAAACUACAGAAGAUAGCACCAGUGUUAAGAAUUUAGGUGUUCUUUUUGACCAGGAUAUAUUCUUUAACUCCCACAUCCAACAAAUCUCUAGAAAUGCCCUUUUUUACUUGUGCAAUAUAAAAAAAUCAGACACAUCCUGUCUCUUCAAUCAGUCAUUAAUACAACACGUUUUGUUUCCUUUCUCUUCAGAGAAACACUCUGUGGAUCAUCAGCUGUCUGCACUUGUGCAAAAAGUGAGUUACGUCACAUCAGUAUCUUUACACAACCUAAAAGUAAAUUAGCAGGAUGCCUUUUUUAGUCUAAUAAUUUAGAAUAUGACACAAAUCAGACAGUCAUAACGCAUGGUGAGUCAGUGAUUUUCAGUUUUAAAUAUCAUCUACCAACACGUUCAAAUUAAAUUCCUCUUUCACUCACUUAAAUUCACAGUCAGUGACAAUCACCACCACAGACAGAGAGAGGCUUUUGAAGAUUCUGGAGCAAUUAGAACAGACGGAGCUCAAAAGGUUCAAGUGGUUCCUGCAGAACACUGACCUCCUGGCAGACCUCCCCAGCAUCUCGCCUAGUGAACUGGAGAACAAAGACAGGUUAGAGAUGGUGGAUCUCAUGUUGAGGGUUUACAGCACAAGGAGUAUAGAGUUAAGCAAAAAGAUUCUUGAGAAGAUGCCCCGGAAUGAUCUGGUGCAGGCGUUGUCAGACAUCAGCUGA